CAACCGCGUCAGUACCUCCCGCGCUAUUCCGGCAGUUACUUACUGCGGCGCGUCCUUCGCGCGAUCCACGCCUAUGACAUCGCGAGUGUUCGAGUUACAGUGAAGUUUCAAAGUGAUCUGGAUAACAUAAACGUAAACAUGGGACCUCUAGUGUUGUUUUUUGUGAUUUUUGCGAGCGCCGUGGCAGACAGGAGAAUGAGCAUAGCUGAGAAACUUAUGGAAGAUGCUGACCUCUCGCAGUUCCUGGCCCUGUUGUCGCGCAACGCGGUGGCAAACACAAGUCUUCACUACCGGCAGAUGACGCUGUUUGCGCCCACGAACGAGGCCUUCCAGCGGUACAAUGGAGAGAUGGACGACAAUCUCGUGUUAUACCACAUCUCGAACCUCGCGACAACGUUAACCAACAUCGACUACGCAAUAUCGUCAGAGCUGGAUGGCAACCCGCCUCUGUGGGUGACGCGACGGCGCGACUCCACGCACGACGACCUGUACGUCAACAACGCCAAGGUGCUCGUGGCGCGAUCCUACCAGACCACCAACUCUAAUAAUAAACGGCAGGUCCUACACGUGAUAGACCAAGUGUUGCAGCCGCUGCAGCCCCACGGACCGGGCUCCCUGAGCUCGCCCGUCUACAGCCCUAAUGCUUACCAGUUCCUUGAACAUUCCGACCUCUUCAACAUUGGCCAGCACAGACUUAGGUCAUUCCGGCAAAAAGUGAAUCAACUUCACAAGAAAGAAGUUUUUAAUGCCGACGGCAAGCAUACUUUCUUUAUUCCUGUGGACGAAGGCUUUAAGCCAACAACCCGCUCGGACCUGAUAGACGCGAAGGUGGUGGACGGGCACGUGAUCCCGCACCACGUGCUCUUCACGAAGGCCACGCCGGACACGCGCGAGUUCGAGACCCUGGCCUUCGGGGACAACGUCAAGGUCAUCAUAUCCUUCAGCACCGCCAUGAAUGGGAAUGAGGAAAUCACUUACGUAAAAUCCAACACGGUUGCGGGAGACGCGAAGCACAGCCGAGGGGUCGUCCUGGCGGACAUCGUGCGCGCCAAUAUUCCCGUCAAGAACGGAGUCGUCCACCUCAUCCAGCGGCCACUCAUGGUCGUUGACACAAGCGUUAUUGACUUCCUCAAGGAAAAAGAGGACGGCCCGCUGUGCAAGUUCUACGAGGUAAUCCUGGACCUCGGCAACAACAAUCAGUUCCUCAACGAGCUGAACACGGCCAAGGACAUGACGCUGUUCGCGCCCUCCAACGAGGCGUGGAACGAGCCCAGCGUGCAGAACAUCGUCAGGAACCACCAGAAACUUAAAGAGAUCUUGAAUUUGCAUCUAGUGCGGGAAAGACUGGCUAUGGAUACUAUAAUACACAAUAAUAUGAAUCAGAUCUACCAAGCCCCGACAGCGAUGCACCGCAAGUACCUCUACUUCAACGUCCUCACUCACAACAACAAUCAGACGCUAACCGUGGAGGGGGGCGGAGUAAACGCCACGGUGACCUUGCCCAACAUCGCCGCGACAAAUGGCUUCGUUCACAUCAUCGACAGAGUUCUGGGAGUUCCUUACACUACUAUAUUUGAGAAGUUGAAGACUGAUCCUAUGCUGAACAUUACAUACAAUCUGGGCAAGCGGGAGAUGUUCAACACGCAACUGAACGACUUGGAACACCGGUACACAUACUUCGUACCUCGCGAUCAUGCAUGGCUCAAAUUCCAAGUCCGACACCCCUCAGCGUUCAAAGCGCUGUUCAAAAUGGACUUCGGGUAUUACACGAAACAAAUUCUGGAGAGGCACGUGAUCCGCGCCAGUCGAUCGUACACCAUCUCGGAUCUAAAGCUUCACGCCAAUGAGACGCACCCGUUCGUGAUGCCCACGAGCCGCGACCCGCUGCGACUGCGUGUCAAGGAGUCUGACAAAAACUACUACGUGGAAUGGAACGGGCACUGGAUACACGUGUUCCGGCCGGACGUGGAGUGCACGAACGGCAUCAUCCACGUGAUCGACGAGCCCUUCCUGCUGGAGAGCGACGUGCGCGCCACCGGCGCCGCAUCGCCGCUCGCGCAUGCAGCUGCUAUGCUACUAAUCUCGAUCUGUAUUACAAUCCUUCAAUAAACCACUGAGGUUAUUUAAUAGAAUUUUAUACAGCUUGUGACAUAGUACAUUUUGUAGAAUUCUUGACCAGAAUUCAAUCAAAACUAUUAGUAAAAUGUAUAAAAUGUCCACUUUAACUUUAUGCAUUCAGGAAAGUAUUUUUGUGGUAAAAUCUCAUUUAUUAACCAAAAGUCGCAAAUGGUCGCUUUGUCACUAGCUGUUCAUAAAAUAAUUCGAACUUGACUUCAAUUUAGGUACGAGUAACCUGUCGGAGUGUGACAAAAGAAUAAUGUUCUUAAUUUGACACUAGUGUUCGAUUCGAGGAUUCGAUUUAAUCUGUGGACAAUCAAAAAAAAUAUUUUAUAAAAAACGUAAGUAACAUGCAAAAAGUUGACAAGCAAUCACGCUGCGCUCCGUCGGGUGUACAGUCAAGCGUAAAAAUAUGGGUUCAUAAAACUUACUCAAAAAUAUGUCCCAUAGUUCUUAAUUCGCUGACAUAAGAGCUAUGGGACAUAUUAUUUUUGAGUAUGAUGAGUGCACCCAUAUUUUUACACUUAACUGUACCUACAGCAUAUUUAGGUACAUACAUUUUCUAAAUCGCAUUAGAUUUAUUUGGUUGCCAAAUUUAAAGCUGUAAUAUUUACAGCUUAAUUUUUAACAAGUUGAACUUGUUAUAUGCUUUAUUCUAAUUGUUUUGAUUUCAACUUUAGUGAGAUAUUAACUCAACGGUAUUAGUUUUAAUAUAUAAGAGUUUGUACAUGAUGGUAUCUCAGUAUCUUAGUGUGGUAGUUAAUUGGUAUACUUACGAGUUUGAAACUUAGUUACCUUAGGUUUGAUUGUAUAUUUUUGAAUUGUGUACGAUAUGGAGGGUAUUGGGCAUUGAAAUAUAUUUUAACUGCCACAUUAAAGCAAUUAAUUAACACAGUAAUAUCUUGAUUUUAGAUAAAUUUACUAUAAUUAUGUAUAAUUAUGUUUAUAGUUUUACCUUUUGAAUAAAAUAAAUAACAACAAAUGACCAACAUAAAAAGAUAAUUUCACGUGUACAAUAACAAAUUCAGUUAUAAUAAUGAUAUCGAGAGUAGGCUCUUUAUUACCCAGUAUUGAUGUAAGUAAAAUCGUUUACUUUAUUUGAGAAUUUUGGUCCAUCGUGCCUUCUUUGGAAAUUAAAUAAUUAUUUAUUUAAAUCUAUCUCCUAGAGAAAAUCUUAUUUAAUGUGAACAUCUUCAUAGACUACAUUCCAUGUUAUCUGAAAAAUCUAUUUAGUAUAUUUAAAUAUUAUUAACAAAUUUAUUAAUGUUAUCAUUCCAUGACAAAAAUAUUCUCGUCAUCUUUUCUUUUAGUCAAAUAAUUUAAACCUUUAAAAAGUUAAGCACGGUCGGGAAUUAAAUUUGUAGUAAUAAACAUGAUGCUUAAAUAAAAGACGAUUGUCAGUGAAUAUUUAGAAACAUUUAAUGGAUGUGAGUGUAUCCAAUAUUUAUUGGAUUGCUAAAAUUGUAUUUAAUGAGAAGUAUAAAAUUCUAGUUAUUAUUGAAAGGAAGAGGUGUGCUUACAGUACGGUGCGAUUGUAAAUCUUUAUUUUCGAUAAGCAGGUGUAAAUAAUUUGUGUAAGUUUAAUUAUAGUCCAUUAUAAUUAUCGUACUCUAAUUUAUUAGCUAUUACUUGAAUGCGACUGAAAACUUAAACAUUAUCACACCUAAUGCUAAUAAAAUGUAUCAAAAUACUUUACUGUAAAAAUGAUGCUUUUUGCUUUAUUGAAAGUUUUAUAUUUCUUUCAACGAAAGAAACUGAUGACAUGUGUACUGUAGUUGUAGCAAUGUUAUAAUUCCUGAUAAAUGUGAGUCCACUACGUAUUAUUACGUAUAAAUGUAAUAAUAUCAUAAUGUAUAUUCGCUGUUUCAAGGAGGCAAAAAGCAACAUUUAAAUAGAAAAUAAAAUCGUUAGGUAGAAGAUAACAUUGGUACUUAUAGGGCACCUACAGUAUAUUGGUUUUUGCCGAUUAUAUCUAACAUACCUACUGAUAAAAACAUAAUCUUUCGCUUAAUAGGGUUUACAUAAUAUACAAAUAGGUAAGUUUUUAAAAGCCAAAGCUUAAUGCUAUUUCAACCGGUUCCAGAUUAUAUGAGUAAUUGAAUAAGAUUUUACUGUUAAACUACAAUAAACUAUCAAAUGUAGUCAUUAUCGUAAGUCGUAGUAUUACCUUUUGAAGUAUAUACCUGUAUACAGCGGAUUUUUAAAAUAGUAGUUGAAGUAAACGUUAAUUGGGACGUAAAUACCCCAGACAAUAUACUGUGACCAAAUAUUGAACCAAAUAUUUGGUGAGCGGCGGCACUGGAUGCCAUCGAAGGGGUGUUCGUCGUAUUCGGAUUAUGUCAAAUUAGGAAAAGUAACAAGUAAUGUACGUGUUGAAUUAAUAAAGAAUUUACCUACAAAUAAGAA